AUGGAGUUUGCUUGUUGCGUGAAAUCUGCUUGUGAAUAUAACGAUCCUCUUAAAUGUACAUUCUGUGAACGUAACUUUCACAUUGCAUGUGCGCUGCCAUCAAAAUCACCGAAUUGGGGUCCUGACGAUAACACGAGGCUGUCGUGGCAAUGCCCUUCUUGUGUUGGCAGUUCUCCACGUAAUAAUGACGAUGAUACACCUUGCCGCUAUGUAACUAAACGCCCUAAACAAAAGUUAGAAAAGAGUAUCGCGAAUGUUACAAACAAAAUUGCAAUAACUGAACCAAACUUAAGUAUUGCACAGGUCACGAUAGAACAAAUUCGUGCCAUAAUAAAAUCAGAACUUGAAGUAGCUUUUUCGUCAUUCCAAAAAAACUUUGAUGAGUUAAGGGCGGAAAUAUCUACACUGCGCGGUUCUAUGCAGUUUCUUAGUGAUAAAUAUGAUCAUGUCACCAAAAGGAUAGAAUCUGUUGAAGCGAAAAUUAAACCUUUACAAGCUGUUAAGUCUGACUGCUUGGACCUACAAAGUGUCGUCACUUCGCUUCAGGUAGAAAUAAAUAAAAAGGAACAAUGGGCACGUCGUUCAAAUAUCGAGAUUGUUGGAGUCCCGGAAACAAAGAAUGAAAACUUACUGAAUGUUAUUAGCAACAUUUCGAAGGUCGUAGAUAUUAACACUUAUGCCGAAGCGGAUAUUGAUUUUGUCACCAGAGUUAGUCCUAAGAAUAACGAUUCGAAAAAACCUAGACCGAUCGUUAUUCGCUUUUUGUGUCGUUAUAAAAAAGAUGACUUUUUGGCGAGGUUGAGAGAAAAAAAGAACAUAAUAUGCAGUGACAUAGGUUUUGUGGGUAACAGCAAUCGCAUAUACUUUAAUGACCACCUAACUAGUUCCAAUAAAAUGCUUCUUCGCAAAACAAAGGAGCUAGCUCGAGAUAAAAACUAUAGAUAUGUAUGGAUUAAGAACUGUUCGAUAAUGGCACGUAAAAAUGACACGAGUUCUGUACUGCAUAUUCAAACCGAAAAGGAUUUAAAAAAGAUGUAA